UCCUUCGUAUCUACCUAUCAGCCGGUUUCGCGGGUGGAUGGCGCGCAGAGGUAAAACAGGGAUCGAUACUAAAGUCAGAACCAUAAUCAAGCAGAGUGGCUUAUCCAUGUGUCAGUGAUGAGAAGAGAAUAAGCGGAUGUGGAUGUGUUGAUACCAUCGUCAUCAUCUUUGCGCAGACUAAUUCGAAACAGUUUUAAAAUGAAGAAGACGGUGUCGUUCCUUGCACUGCUAUUGCUGGUACUCAAUGCAGCACCAGACAUGGUCUUUGCUGGUGAGGCUGACUCAACACAGGAACAGGAAGAUGUUCCAUGUGUCCAGGGCGAGAUUAGAUGCGGGGACAUAGGAAAAUGCCAGAAAAAUUGUACAGACAAUGACGAUGAAGAGUCCGUUCUAAAGCGACGACGAAGGAAUGCAAAUGGUGGUUCAGCCUCAGACAGCGCACAAAAUACAGCAAGUACAGCUUCGACCGCAAACAGUAUGUGGCCCUCCUUGACGGAAUGCGUUUCUACAGAGAGCUCAGGAAAUACUGUCUCUUAUCCAACAAUGACUACGUACAGCACAGGAAGCUCAGUUUACGUCACAGACAGUUCAGGAUUUAGCCCAUCAAGUGAUGUCUCUAUACGAUGCACUAUGGCCCCAACAGAAAGUUAUCCCUCGACAAGUGCAACAAGUACUGACUUCAUGUCAGCAAGUUCGGCCUCUAUGCCAGCAAGCUAUUCUUCUAUGCCCCCAAGUUCUGCUUCUAUGGCAUCAAGUUAUCCUUCUAUGCCACCAAGUUCUGCUUCAAUGCCACCAAGCGAUUCUCCUAUGCCACCAAGUUCUGCUUCAAUGCAACCAAGUUCUGUUUCAAUGCAACUAAGUUAUUCUUCAAUGCCAUCAAGUUUGGCUUCUAUGCCACCAAACUAUUCUACUAUGCCACCAAGCUCUGCUUCUAUGCCAUCAAGUUAUUCGUCUAUGCCACCAAGUUCUCCUUCGAUGCCACCAAGCUAUUCUACUAUGCCACCAAUCUCUGCUUCUAUGCCAUCAAGCUAUUCGUCUAUGCCACCAAGUUUACCUUCGAUGCCACCAAGUGUUGCUUCUAUGCCACCAAGUUCUGCUGCGAUGCCAGCAAAUACUGCGUCAAUCUCUCCAAGUCCUGCUUCAACUGCAGCGAGCGUUGGUUCUGUAUCUGCAAAUACUGUUUCCACGAUGGAAAGUGCUUCUGCUGUCAUAUUAAUUACCGCUGAGAUCUUCAGGAAGACAAAUGAAGAAAUAAAACUCAAAGUCCCAGGAACGUUGUCCGCACUCCUUGCCAACAACAGUGUGGAAAAUGUAACAAAACAUUUCAGGACACAAUUUGCCGAUCACUUAAACGUGACCGAAAGUCGGAUAAUAAACCUACAAUUCAUCCAACUAACAGAAACCGCCAGAAGACGAAAGAGAGCAGUUUCUCAAUCUACUUUCGUGAUCGUGAGUUUUGAAAUAAUACCUGCAACAUCAUCAUCACAAGAGACGAUAGCCGCUUUGGUAAUUAGGUUGAGAAACGAUGUCUUGGGCGGAAACUUCACGCUCACUGACACAUCGGGAAAUCCCAUCAGCGUUGAUACAACAUACUUCAGUACGGCAACUGUCAGUGCAGAUGAAGCUCCAGAGAAAAGACGUGACAUAGUGCCGAUUAUAGUAGGAACCGUUGUGGGCGUCUUUUGUCUGGCUCUCAUCUUCAUCAUCAUCGUCGUUGUAAUUCUGAAAACGAAGAAACACAACAAACACAACUCGUUAGUGUCGCCCACCCCCUCGCCAUCCUCGAGUGGAGGCAAGCCAACACGAUCACCUUACGAUGAUGGUACAGCUGGUCCACUACCUGAAAAGAACUCAAAUGACAUGAGAAACCAAAGUUCUGUAGUCGAGAAUGAAACAGCUCCAGGAACGAGCACUCGUCCGGGGUCUGAAUCGCAAACACAAGAUAGGAACUAACGCCCACGACUGAAUGGAAUGUCGAAUCAUCGGAACUGCGUGUACACCGUAGGCAAAGUCAAUACACCAAACAAUGUAGGAACCAGGUUAUACUCAACGGAUUGUUUUUAAGAAUGAAUUUCUAUGUUCCUGGCAUCAACAUCCAAUGUUGUCAUUUUAUGAUGAAUCGAAUAAUAAACAUUUUCACUUUUUUAACAACAGCACGAUCUUUAGGUUACGACUGUGCUCGAAAAUCAUAAUACCAGUUAGAGCAAGAAAUAGCAAAUGGAAGCAAAUUAGCCUAAUCAACCACCACAAAAACAGACUUCAAAUUAGUAUAUUGAUAUAGACAAAAGUUGUUAUACGUCACCAAAAAGGACAUGGACAGUCGAUAGGAAAGAGAAGAACAGAAA